GGCAACGAGGAGAUGAUGGCCGGGGCUCCGGCGUCCCUCUCGGGACGGGACGUAGGAUCGUUUGCAUAUCUUACAAUUAAAGACAGAAUACCACAGAUCUUAACCAAGGCUAUUGAUACAUUGCAUCGACAUAAAAAUGAAUUUUUUGAGAAACAUGGAGAGAAAGGCACAGAAGCUGAAAAGAAAGCGAUUUCUCUUCUUUCUAAGUUACGAAACGAAUUGCAAACAGAUAAACCAAUUAUCCCCUUUGUUGAGAAGUUUGUUGAUACCGACAUAUGGAAUCAGUACCUAGAAUAUCAACAGAGUCUUGCAGAUGAGAAUGACGGGAAACCCAGAUGGUUUUUCUCCCCUUGGUUGUUUGUGGAGUGCUACAUGUAUCGUAGAAUUCACGAAGCCAUUACCCAUAGUCCACCAAUCGAUGACUUUGAUGUAUUUCAAGAAUCCAAGGAGCAAAAUUUCUUUGAGUCAGAGGAAUCUAUCAUUGCUCUGUGUACUCAUCUGCAGGAGUUGGUGACAACUGUCGAAGACCUAGAUGAAAACCAGCUGAAAGAUGCAUUUUUCAAACUCCUUCAGGUUUCCCUGUGGGGAAACAAGUGUGAUCUGUCUCUGUCGGGCGGGGAGACCAGUUCUCAGAGAACCAAUAUAAUAAAUUCUGUGGAGGAACUAAAACCUUUCAUUUUAGUGAACGACAUGGACCACCUUUGGUCCCUGCUGAACAACUGCAGAAAAGCAAGAGAAAACGCAUCCGUUACUAGAGUAGAUAUCGUCCUGGAUAAUUCUGGCUUUGAACUCGUUACGGACUUAGUAUUAGCUGACUUUUUAUUGUCCUCUCAACUGGCCACUGAGAUCCAUUUUUAUGGAAAAACAAUUCCGUGGCUCGUUUCUGAUAUGACUCUCCACGAUUUUAAGUGGCUAAUUGAACAGAUGAAAGAUUCCCAUCACAAGUGGAUGGCCAAGUGCGGGGCUGACUGGGAAAACCAUAUUCAAACGGGCAGAUGGGUGUACCACGAUCACAUAUUUUGGACGCUUCCUCACGAGUUCUGUGUCACGUCUCAGGUGGCCCCCGACCCCUAUGCUGAACUACAAAAGGCACACUUAAUUUUGUUCAAGGGGGAUUUGAACUACAGGAAGCUGACGGGCGAUAGGAAGUGGGAAUUCACCAUUCCGUUCCGUCAGGCCCUCGCCGGCUUCCAUCCGGCCCCCCUCUGCAGUGUGAGGACCCUGAAGGCUGAGGUCCAGGUGGGGCAGCAGCCUGGGCAGGCCGAGCAGUUGGCAGCUGCCGAGCCCAACUGGCUGACCACUGGGAAGUUUGGGGUGUUGCAGUUUGAUGGUCCGCUCUGA